GAGUCUAAACUGACUUGCGUGGAGUCUAAGAGAUUUGACUCUUGAUUUGGCUUGGAGAGAGUGAAAGGUGACUCUCGGCAAUUCCUUCGCUUGAAUGUGCUAUGCUUGCUCCUUCCGGGCCUUGUACUUUCAACUUCGCAGCAACACAGAUUUGACACUAAUCUCAUAUUCCAAGGACAUAUUCUUCAUUUAGAAUACAUGGGCAAAUAAUUGAACACAGUUUUAGAGCAAAUCUCUCACACAUUUCAAACUCUUCAAAGCGCCCGCCCCAUCCAUCCUUUUGAAAAGACAGGUAGGCCUACCCACGAUUUUGACCAAACAUUGCUCUAGCUAUCUAGCACACUGAUUGCAGGUUACUAAUCAGUUGCUCAUCAGGACCAUGUUAUAGUAGGGCUGGAGCAAAACCCUGCGCACCAACUCUCCGGAAGUUCUGCAGACAUUAAUUUUAGCGACAACAUUCCUGUAUUCUAGGCAACAUUUACCACCUAUUUAAAAGUAUCUGAUCAGACUCAUGUUAUACCAAGUUACAUUUGGUCUGUGCAUUCUCACCCAAUUGUCAUAUAUUCGGCCACCUGUUGGGAGGAAAUGGCAUUGUAAAUGGAUCUCAACUACGGGCGGGGCUUAGACGUAGCCAGCCUAUGAUUACAGCACACGAAACACCAUCUGUUGUGUUUUGCUUCCGUGAAAUCCGAGCCAGUAAAUCUAUAUGCUGGUCUAACAAACGGAAAUUAAGAAUGGUUACAAAGAGGAUCCGAACGGAGUAUAUGAAGAGAUUCAAGGACCCGGAAUGGGAAACCUACGCCAAGUGUUAUGAGGAGAUGAUAAAGUACAGACUGACGAGAAGGCUUUUGGAACAAACUCAUAAUCCGUGGUUUUGGAACAGUGACAGUGACUCGGAAUCCAGCAGGUCCACUCCUCAAAAGAAUAAAGUUGAGCCAUUGGUCCUAAAAGAAGAAUCACAACGAGAACGUGAGAGAAAGAUUCCACCUAAAGAACCAUUGGAACAGAAGAUCCCCAUUUCAGAAGAAUUGCAAGAAGUUGCUUAUCCAGAGACCUCGCCACCCAUUGAUGUACAGGGUGCUGUGGACAGAGGUUGUAGAGAGACAGAGGAAGUCAAGCUGGGACAAGGAUUAAUUGCCUCUGAGUCAGGGAAGAAGCCAGAGGCCCAAACUAAAGCCAAACAGUCCAGAAAGCCCCUCAGGGCAUGGAGCCAGCUACGGAAGCCCAAAGAGACUGACAAGAAAAACAGACACCCAUUUGCCCUGUAUGGAGGGGGUGAUAAGCCAGCUGAGAUGGCUAGGAAGAAGACUCACAAUGUGGGUCCAGCUGCAUCAACCAAGGAGAUCCACCAGUCUGCAUUACGGGCCAAAACCAGACGGGAGGUUGAGAAGCAGGUGCAGAAAGUGGACAAGUGGAGAGUGCGGUCUGCAGAGCUGGAGAAAGUGACCAUGACCAAACCUGACUUUGACCCCUGGAUGACAGAGUACAUGCGCUGCUUUUCUGCCAGGUGCUGAUGGAUAUAGAGUGCAAUACUUGUGAUAAACAUAGGAUGGGGAAUAUGGUAUUUGUUAUCAAAUAGAAAACAUCAAGAAUUAUUUUGUUUCCAAAGUUUGCAUUCACCAUGCUUUUCUCACAGCUUUUAAAACGUUUUAAUGUUCAUACAGUACAGUCGUGGCCAAAAGUUUUGAGAAUGACCCAAAUAUUAAUUUUCACAGUCUGCUGCCUCAGUUUGUAUGAUGGCAAUUUGCAUAUACUCCAGAAUGUUAUGAAGAGUGAUCAGAUGAAUUGCAAUUAAUUGCAAAGUCCCUCUUUGCCAUGCAAAUGAACUGAAUCCCCCAAAAACAUUUCCACUG